AUGCAUUCCUCUGAAUCAAGAGAGGUGCGGGAGGCUGCCUUAUUCGACAUCCACGCCCGGGACCAGUGGGUCCUACAGGAGAUGAUGUUCCUCAUGGCACUUCAUCUUAUUGGUCUGUUGGUGACGCUGUGGUCCAGCAGCCCCAGUCUGGCCACACCCCUCCCUUUCAACAUUUCAUUGGAGGGCAGUGCAGAGGGGGAGGAGCUAGACAGCCUCAUUGACACCCCUUCCCCACCUGCCACCAGUGGCCCCACCUCGGAGUCCUCAACCACCUCACAUGGCUCCACCCACGUAGAGCACUUCCUGCUCAGCCAGAUGGUUCACUUCCUGCAGGAUAACCUGUUCCUCAUCCUAGUUUUCUUCACACUCUUCAUCACUAUCUUCCUCAUUCUCUGCUGUGCUUGCAUCAUGAGCCGCAAACGAAAGAUCAAUGCCUACUACCCCUCGUCCUUCCCCUCUAAGAUGUACGUGGACCAGGGGGACAAGACCGGAGGUACCAAGCUUUUCAACGAGGUGUCAGAGAAACCCUCCAACCGGCAGCAGGCUGAGCCAGUGGACUCCAGCAAGAAGCUCCAUCAUGACAUCAUGAAGGCAGCCAAGAACCUCCGCACUCUCUCCAAGCCUCCCCUGGGAGAGCGAGAGGGAAAAGACCCCACACAGAUAUCUGCAGUAGCAGAGAAAAGUCAUGAGGUGAAUGUUCAGGCUGUGGGAGAAAUAAUAGAGAAAGACAAUCAGCCAUCAAAUCCACCAGAGCUGAGUGAGGAGGAGGAAUGCCAGCUCUCAGUCAAUGAAGCCCAACAUAGCAGCUGCCCUGAGCAGUCAGAAAUCCUGACAGGCCUAAAAAAGGAUGAUGAGUCAUUCACAGGAGCUGAGUCUCCAUCUGGCCAAGGGCACUCACAGGCUCAGCAGGAAGAGGACAGGCAAGAGGACUCCACUGUCACACUGUCUAUUCCGUUGAUCACUGGAGAGAAAACAGCAUUUUAG